AGGAACGUUGUGGGAUUAGAAACCAGUUUCACGAGAAAGCGCGCGUGCAAAAUGAAGUGGAUUUUGGUGGUUUUAUUGUCUCUCCUGGCCACAGUCUUGGCUGUUCCUCUGCUCGUCAGUCCGGACGAUGAGCAGCCCAUUGAGGAGAUGGGUGAGUUCUUCGAGGGUGACAUGGAGUUGACGGAGGCACAGCGAAGAUCACUGUUCGAUGGCAUGCUUGACAGUCGCACAGGACUCUUGGCCACACGCUAUCGCUGGCCAGGUGACACACUGGCCUAUGAGUUCAAUGCCAAUGUGAAUCAGGAGCAGAGGGAUUGGAUUGAGUUGGGUCUGAGGAAUAUCUCAGGACACACGUGCUUGAAGUUCGUGAGACGCACCAAUGAGGCUGACUAUGUCCAUGUCACCACCGAUUCCACCGGAUGCUCCUCAUAUGUGGGCAGAGUGGGUGGCAUGCAGACACUGAAGUUGGCACCAAAUGUACCCGGAUCCGGAUGCUUCCGCUUCGGCACGGUGGUGCAUGAGUUCAUUCACGCCCUCGGCUUCCAUCACUCACAGGCGGCCUACACCCGUGACAGCUACAUCAUCAUCAAGUGGGAGAACAUCCAAGCGGGCACGGAGAAUAACUUCAACAUGAGAGAUCGCACCACAACAAGCAUGUUCGAUCUGGACUACGAUUAUGGCAGUGUGAUGCACUACAGCUCCACGGCAUUCAGCAUCAAUGGUCAGCCGACAAUUGUGCCAAUCCAGAGUGGUGUGACCAUUGGUCAGCGCUUGGGCAUGAGUGAACUGGACAUCAAACGUCUCAAUCGCAUGUACAACUGUCCCAAUGGACAGUGAUUCGCGAGAGAUUGUAACUCUUGUUGGCAAAUAUAAAUGCUUAAAUAUUGCAUGA